UCUCUCUCUCUCUCUCUUUUUUUUAAUUUACUUCCCCUUUUCACCAUAAAUGACGGACGAGAAAAAAGAAGAAGUCCUUCAAACAGAAGAAAAAGUCGAAACUACCACUGAAAUCAAGCAAGAACAUCAUGAUGAAUUCUGGUUAAGGGAUUCAAAAGAUGUGAAGAUUGAUGAAGAAAGCAAGCACUUUGAUGCUGAGCAUCACGAAGAAACGGAUGAAAUCGAUAUCGCCAUUGUUAAUGAAAUUGCCGUCACUGAUGAUGACCCUACUCUUCAGGCUUUCUCUGUUCGUGCUCUUGUCGUUGGUAUUCUUCUCUCUGCUCUUUCAUCCUCUGUGAGUCAACUGAUGAACUUUAAGCCUGUUGGUGUGCCCUUAUCAAGUGUCUUUAUGCUUAUCCUUGCCUAUGUCUUUUGUAAUCUCUGGUAUCGACUUCUUCCUAAAGGUGGCUGGCUUAACCCCGGUCCGCUCAACUACAAGGAACACACCUGUAUCUAUGUCAUGGUUUCAUCUGCUAAUACUGCCGCUUACGGUACAUACAUCUUGGGUGCUCAAGAACUCUAUUUUGGUCAAUCACCUGGGCCCGCUGGCUCCAUCUUUUUAUUACUUGCUACGCAACUUGUAGGUUAUGGUAUUGCUGGACAACUUAGACCAUUCCUUGUAUACCCAGCCAACAUGAUCUGGCCACAAGCUUUACCCAACAUUUCCGUCUUGAAGACUUUCAACACUGACAAGGACGAAGCUCGUUAUCGUACCAAGUUUUUCUUCAUCGUCUUUGCAGGCAUCUUUAUCUAUGAAUUCAUUCCUCAAUACAUGUUCCCUCUUCUCUCUUCCAUCUCCAUUGUCUGUCUCGCUAGAAGAGAUAGCAGUGUUGUUCAAAAUAUCUUUGGUGGAGCUGCUGUCAACGAAGGCAUGGGUAUCUUCAACUUUAGUUUUGACUGGAACUUUUUAUUGAAUGCCACACCUCUUGUUAUCCCUUUCUGGGUUCAGGUCAACUAUUUCCUUGGUAUUGUCUGUAUCUGGAUUAUUGCUCCUCUCCUCUAUUACUCUGACGUAUGGCACGCUAAAAGCUAUCCCUUCCUUUCUAAUGGUAUUUACCGACGUUUUGACAAUGGUACCUCUGUCAAGUACCCUCAAAAGGCAGUUCUUAAUCCUGAUAUGUCUAUCAACGCCACAGCCUUGGAAGAAAUUGGCUAUCCUCAAUUCGCAGCUGUCUAUGCUUUCAGUUAUAUCGUUCUCAACUUUGGUGUUACUGCUACUAUUUCCCACGUAUUCCUUUUCUAUGGUAAACAAAUCUGGAGACAAUUCCGUCAAGCCUGGAAGAGCUCUGUCAAUAAGGAUAUGGAUAUCCACCAACGUCUUAUGCAGAAAUAUAAUGAAGUUCCCAACUGGUGGUACUAUAUCAUUUUCAUUGGUGGUAUUGCUUUGAAUAUUGGCAUUGCCUACGCAAAUCAAAGUCAACUUCCAUGGUGGGGUGUCAUCUUCGCCAUUGCUCUCUCUACCAUUCUUUCUCUUCCUCUUAACUUGAUUUAUGCUGUUACUGGUAAUAACUUUGGCUUGAACGUCUUGACCGAAAUGAUCUGUGGUUUCAUCAUGCCUGGUUACGCCAUUGCCAAUAUGUACUUCAAAACUCUCGGCUACAACACCAUGAGUCAGGCAGGCCUCAUGGCUAAAGACUUAAAGAUCGGUCAUUAUCUCAAGGUUCCUCCAAGAUGGACCUUCUUCAGUCAGAUGGCUGGUACCGUCGUUGGCUGUUUUUUUAACUACAUUGUUAACAAGAUCAUUGUUGAAAACGAACGUGAGGUUCUUUUGACACCUGGUGGUAAUCAAUUCUGGAGUGGUAUCUCUCCUCAAACCAUUAACUCUGCUGCUAUCACCUGGGGUGCUGUUGGUCCCAACCUUAUGUUUGGUCCCAAGAGUAACUACUACAUCGUCCUCUGGGCUCUUCUCAUAGGUUUCUUCCUCCCAGUUCCUUUCUGGUUACUCCACAAGAAGUUCCCCAAGGCUGGGUUCCAGUAUGUCAAUAUUCCUACUCUCUUAAUGGGUAUGGCCAUCAUCCCCGGUGCUGCCACUGGUUGGAUCACAGUCGGCUUCGUUCUCGUUGUUGUCUCUCAGUACUACUUGAAACGAAGAUAUACUGCUUGGUUCUCCAAGUAUAACUACCUUCUCUCUGCUGCCCUCGAUUCAGGAACCUCUCUUAUGGUCUUCUUCCUUUCCAUGGCAUUACAAGGUGGCGGUAACGGCCAAGCUUAUCCUUUCCCAACUUGGGCUGGUAACCGUGCUGAUCUCCCAUUUAUGGACUACUGUUGUGCUGAAUGUGAAUAAGAUUUUUAUUUAUUGUUGUCUUCAUUGACCUACUCCUACUUUUACUAUUUAAUAUCAUAAUAAACAUUAUAAUUACUCUGGG